AUUUAGAAAUGAUAUUCAAUUGCAUAAAAGAUGGAUAAUGAAGAUAGAAACAUACAAUUUGGAAAUAAUGAUUCCAUUAAAAUGUCAAUUCCAGAGAGAAUAGUGCUUUCUGCUGGAUAUGAUGGUGAUGAUAACCUGGAAAAUGUUAGUCAACCAUUUGCUAACUCUACCUCCUUUGAUGAGACUCCAAUUCUUAACCCUGCAGACGUCAUGGGAGGAAUGCAAACACCACCGUCUGUAUUAACAAUUGACCAUGCUGCAGAUGUGUAUAAGGGAAACUCUCCAAACAGACACACAGAAGGAGAUGGAGCAGAUGAUGAAGAGGGUCAAAGUUCUUUUCAAAAAUAUUCUCGUCAAUUUAUGGACGAUCAGGAGCAACAAGAUGAUGACUUUACAGUUGUGGUACCAUCAGAAAGGUCGGUUGUUAUUGCUGGUGAAGAGAGUGGGUAUACUUACCAUAUACCAUUUGACGAUCCGCAAGCUAUGCAAAGAUGGUACACUAGCAUGCAAAGGAGGCUAACACUUCUUGAAAACGAACUUGAUUAUCAGCAUAGAGUAUCAAACGUGUGGAAAUACUUGUUAUUGACUUUGACUGUGGUCAAUCCUUUUAUUAUCAAUUAUUUCUUUUUUAAGAGACGGUAGCACUGCUGUCAAUGGUAACACCUGUUAAAAUGUUUGUCAAUAUUAAGAUCCAGAUAAGUUCAAAAUUCAAUCUCAUUUUUUAUCUCAGUGUUUUCUGUGAUCCUCCAGAUCUUAAAAACAGAUUUUUAUCACAUAAAGAUGCCAAGUAUGUCACGGUUGCACUGAUGUAUAAAGUUUUUGUAAUGCAGGAAUGUUUACUUGCGGCAAGUGUUUUCCAAUAAAAUUGAUAAAUAAAAAACAGCGAAAAUAAUUUGGAUGUUUGGGUAAGUUGUUCGUGAUUACAUGAUAUUGUUAGGAUACUUUCCUUGUGAAGUUUGUGAUGUCGCUUGCAAAGAAGAUUUGUUGUUUUAUAUUUUAUGUUUCUGCUGUUCAGAUAAGUUAUAAAACUUUUUUUUUCUCUAGGACUUAAAAGUGAAUUUCCAUUAA